CUUUCCUCUUGUGCCUAUCAGCCUUGUUGGGUAUGACAACCAAGGCAAGUUCCGUGCCUAUCGCUGCACUCAGAUGACCCAAUUCGACUGACGAUCCCUCCGGGUGCCUCUGCGAACCUGACAACGCGCCAUGAUGAUUGGGUCUUGAUCGUGGCGCAGGCGCCAGAACCCGACAAUUCCGAACCUCUAGGCGGGUAACACUGGCUGGGCAAAGGAAGGCAACAAGGCGAAAUGGAGUAGAGCAAUGAGACAGCGAUACGAGUAUUUGACGGCUUCAAUCCUCUCUCAAGGCAAUCAGUCAUGUGAGUGGUAUCUGACUAUGCGAUACUGAUGCCAUCCAAAAGCGACGGCGUUUCCUGCUUGAUAUGAAAUCCAGAUAACCGUCGCACCUUGCGGGCAGCUUGAGCACCCGCUGCCACGCCAGAAUGCCCUUCUUCAGUGACGCCCGCAAGCGCCGCAAAUACACAGAACCUCCAGCUGCUGCUGUUCCUGUCUUUCCUCCAAACCCGCCCUCUUAUGGUCUGAAUACCUCUGCAGUCAUCUACGAGGAGCCUCAACUGCAAUGGACACCGCAGCCCGCGCCCUACUUCGCUCCGUCCUCGUAUCCUUAUAUGACCUCGACCCUUUCCCUGCCGCCAGUCCAGAAUAUACACACAGAGUACCGCACAAGGCCUCUACAACCUCAACAUACAUGGUCACAUCCAACAUCAAACUAUGUGGAUGUUGGUCCUUCAAGAGCGCCCGUACCGAUUGAGUUGCGAGAGAGAAUCGACCACAAGUUGGGAGACGUCAUAUCGCUCAUUGACGAAGAUGCGUUUUCGGGUUCUGAAAAAGAGCUGAUGAUCACAGAGGGAGAGUUUCAGUCACCAGAUUUGGCAGAGACAUAUGCGAAGGAUCGGGACAUGACGCGGGCACUUGGAGGGAUGGAAAAAAUGCCAGCGAGACAGAGGAAACAAGCGCAACAGAAGCAGACCAACGUCUUCUCUAAACUUGACUUGUACAUGAACUCUCGACUACCGGUGUCCCUACAACCGUUUCGAGUCUAUAUACCAACAUGGCCACUCCUAUGUCUUGCGGCACAAUAUUCGAACAGCGCUUACGUCUCCCCACAGUCCUCUUCAGAACGCAAGGAUUUCGUCUCGGCGGAUGGCCGUCUAGGGACAAAGGCCAUGGUAAUCAAGUCGAUCCCGUGCGACGACAAGAAAACCAUUGUCUUCGCCAUUCGUGGGACAAGUUUCUUCAGCGUGCGCGACUGGGGGGUCAACCUCGACACCGAACCCGUCUCGCCUGUCGGCUUUCUAGACGACGAGGGAAACCUGUGCCACUCGGGGUUUCUGCGAGUCGCCAGAGCGAUGGUCAAGCCGAUCGCGGCACGACUUCGACACUUGUUGGAAGAGAACCCGUCUCGGUCGAGCUGUUCCCUCCUGAUCACGGGCCACUCCGCCGGCGGAGCCGUAGCGAGUCUGCUCUACGCCCACAUGCUGGCUGAGACUGUUCAAUCCGAACUCAAUAUCCUCACGGGCUGUUUUAAGAGAGUCCAUUGUGUCACAUUCGGAGCUCCACCCGUCAGUCUCCUGCCGCUACAAAAGCCCGACACGGCGGACGGACGCCUGCGCAAAUGUCUGUUCCACUCAUUCAUGAACGAGGGCGACCCGGUCGUACGAGCAGAGAAAGCAUACGUGAAAAGCCUCGUUGACCUCCUGUCGCGACCGAUCCCAUCAUUGCCGUCCUACGAACCGAAGCAGAGCUCGGUGUCGACGCUGACGGCGCUCGGGGCGUCCAUGUCGAGACUCGACCUCUCCCUGAUCCCCGCGCCAAAGAAACAGCCGAAACCCAAGCCGCCGAAAUCGAAACACCCGUCUAUCCCGCUCAGAAAGCUGUGGUGGGACGUCCCUCCCGCGACCUUGUCAAAUGCAGGCCGCCUCGUGGUGCUCCGCGUCCCUGACCGUCCUGGUGCGAACGAGGUGGACGUGACUGCGUCUCUGGUCAAGGACGAACAACUGCGACAAGUCGUCUUUGGAGAUCCUCUGGUCCACUCGAUGAAUCUGUACGCGAGGAGGAUUGAGAUUCUCGCUGUGCGGGCGGUCACCGGGCGCGGUGGAGCAUGUUAAAAGGGGACGGGAAGUCCUUUUGUGUCCUGCGUGUUUGUCGAACAUGUUGUUAUCUGCUGGUCCUCACCCGGGUUUUUUCCUGUUUGGAUCCUGUAUUAUGAAGACCACACUAUUCUAAUGUUGUUAUGCAUGUAAUGUAACGAGUCUAUGUUGCCACGAGGCAGGGCGCGGUUGGAAUGUAAUGCGAAGCAAUUCAAUUCAGUGCAAUGGAUUCAUCUAUUAAUCCAAUAUUCCAGCCAUCGAC